CUUUGUCUCAUUGGACAGGACGCAGGUCGUGUUCGGUAAAAGCGCAGUUCUUCGUUUGUUUUUAUUUGCACUGAGCAAGAUGUCGUCUUUGUACAAGCCAUUCAGUGUUACCACUGGACCGUGUGAAGAUGCGAUUUGGAGACGGGGAUGCGGCUCUCAGGAGCAUCCCGCAGCGCUGAGCUCCGCGUUCAGCCCCGCUCACAGUGUGUGUGAAGGGAGGCGGCGUUUCGCUGCAGCGGCCGGGCGGAAAAUCACUCACCCGGGAAAAGCUAUUCUUGCAGGUGGCAUUGCAGGAGGUAUUGAGAUCUGCAUCACCUUCCCCACAGAGUAUGUGAAGACUCAAUUGCAGCUGGAUGAGCGGGCAAAUCCACCCCGGUAUCGGGGGAUAGGAGACUGUGUGAAGCUGACUGUUCAGGAUCAUGGGUUUAGAGGGCUGUACAGAGGCUUGAGCUCGCUUCUAUAUGGCUCCAUCCCCAAGUCUGCGAUUCGGUUUGGCACAUUUGAGGUCUUGAGCAACCCAAUGAGAGAUGCUAAUGGUCGCCUUGAUAACACUCGCAGCUUGCUGUGUGGCCUGGGAGCGGGCGUUACUGAAGCAGUGCUAGUGGUCUGUCCAAUGGAAACGCUUAAGGUCAAGUUAAUCCAUGACCAGUGCUCUCUUCGUCCACGUUACAGAGGCUUCUUCCAUGGCGUGCGGGAAAUAGUUCGUGAUCAGGGUGUUCGUGGUACAUACCAAGGGCUGACUGCUACAGUAUUAAAACAGGGGAGCAAUCAAGCUAUACGGUUUUAUGUCAUGAACCUUCUGCGCAAUUGGUAUAAAGGUGAUGACCCUGCACGUGAAAUGCAUCCGGUAGUAACGGCUAUAUUUGGGGCGACUGCAGGUGCAGCAAGUGUCUUUGGAAACACACCACUGGAUGUAGUGAAGACCAGGAUGCAGGGUCUGGAAGCUCAUCGUUAUAAGAAUACACUAGACUGUGCAUUCCAGAUACUAAAGAACGAAGGCCCACAAGCGUUCUACAAAGGCACUGUUCCUCGGCUCGGUCGGGUAUGUCUGGAUGUCGCCUUCGUCUUUGUCCUGUAUGAGGAGGUCGUAAAGCUUCUGAACAAAGUCUGGCCGACAGAUUGAGGACCUUAACGGCUGGCUCCGUAAAGAACGAUGACCAAUGUGGACACAGAUGGUCGUGUCACUCAAAUGACAAGGCUGACUGUUACACUGACCCCUGGCUGAGUGCACUGGGUUAGGAAGCUUUCAUGAGAAUUAAGCUCACAAGUGGUAUUCUGAUGCACAGCAUACUACUAAAUGUUUGUGUCUAGCACUUACAUGCAAAGUUAGUAAGUUGCACUUUUUCACUCAAUGUUAAAUCACGCAUCUGUGUUCCCUCGUCAUCUCCCGUACUAAUCCACUUGUGCGGCAAACCCCAGUGUAAAUCAAAGCAAACAUUUCAUUUGCGCUCAAUUUAUCAAACUUGUAUAGAUUUUAAUAUUUUCUAACAACUGCACUGAAAUAAUUGUAACAAAAUAAAGGAAAUGGUUUGGACGAACAA